UUACAUAUAUAUACAUACAUACACACACACACACACACACACACAAGUAACUACAAAGUAGUUUUGGGAAGGUAGGGAGGGUACUAACAACUGGGGAGAAUCAGAACAGGCAUUUGAUCUGAGCCUUGAGGAGAGCUUUUCUACUGAUAUACUUGGAACCUUCCAAGGUUCUACUCAGAGAAUGAGUUUCCUCCCACUUAACUCUUCCUAGACUUCCAUUUUCUUUACAACAUUCCCACCACUCCUAUCCCAAAGAGGAUCUUGUGUGUCUGCUUCCUCCCUCCUCCUUUAGGCACAAUUAGUGGAACAAACAGUCCUAGAGUUUAGAGAGGACCUAAACAGCUUCAUUUUCCCCUCAAAAAUCCUCUCAUGAUUAUAUGCAAAACAAAAAAAAAUACAAAGACAGCAGUCCUUUCCUGGAUCCCCAACCCACUACAAAGGCUGUUUGAAUAUAUGUAUAUUUAUGAAAAGAGAAAGAAAAACCAAUUGGUAGGGCAGUCUACUGUUGCUUUCAGUAAAGAUUUACUAUUGGACCUCUGGUGUUGGAAUGUGUAAAAACAAGUAGGACCAGGAAUGAGGCAGUUAGCUGCUCUGCCAGAUGUUUACUUUUGGUCUUCUCAUAAGAAGCUUUAUCACAGUAGCCCCUUAAGUGAGAAAACUGGGGCUUAGUCUAAGAGAGCUGUUAAUUUAUUUUAUACCUAAACAUGGCAGUCAGGAAGUUGGGGUUUAGGGUUACCGUCGGUUUUGCUAUUGUUUAGAAUCAAAAGCCCGUGAGCUUUAAAGCUGGAACCUUACAAGUCCUGUUUUCCAAACCCCUCAUUUCGUAAAUGAGGGCACUGAAGUCCAGAAAGUGAACCAACAAAAGUUAGUUAAGUAACCAAGCCUUCGACUCCCACACCAGUCCUUUCUGAAGCCUUUGCUUACAGACCCUCAAUUUUAAUUCCUGCCUUUAUUUAAGGAUGCGUAAUUCAAAUUUUUGUUACUCUUUAACUGCUGCCUAAUCAGUUAUUCUCGACCUGUUCGACUGUUCAUUUUAGAAAAUGGGUGAAAGGUCUUUACUCGGGAUUAACACACAGCUGGUACUUCCAUCGCCUCUUCCGGACCCCAGGGUAGACCGGCAGACUAGAUCUUCCAGAAUUUCUGCAAGGUAGCUGCCCCAGGGAGUUAGUUGACACCAGGCAGGAGCGUAAAAAGCCCCAGGGCAAAAGAUACAAGGUGCCUCUAGGGAGGUGUAGUUUCAUUCCGACUCACUCAAGAAUCCCAGCGCCCGAAGAACUACAAGUCCCAUGAACCCCCGCGCCCUCCGUGGGGCCAAUACCGUUUCCCGCACCUUCUCCAUAGCUCCCCCGCCGGCGAGCGAGGCGGCGGCACCAUGGCUGACAGCCUGGGCGCUGCGGCCAAGGCGCCCUCGGGCUCUUCCAGUCCUGCCCAGCUAUCGCCGCGGGGAGAGGAUAGCGAGACGGGGGCAGCAGUGGCUCGGGCUCCCGGAGGCGCCAACCGAGGGGCAGUGGCCAGGGAUCCGCCGCCGCUACCGCUGCCGCUGCGGGAAGGUCCAACGAGGGCCCCCGCGCCCGCGCCUGGGGAGGCGGGGGGCGGGGUCCCCCCGGUGGGGCUGGCGCUGCGCUUCGACAAGCCCAUCAAGCAGGCCUUCUACAACACGGGCGCUGUGCUGUUCGUGUGCCUGUGCUGCGGCGCCGCCGUGCUCGUGUACUUCAUCCUCGAGGCCUUCCUGCGGCCGCUGCUGUGGGCCGUGCUGUGCGGCACCUUCCUGCACCCCUUCAAGAGCUCCCUCACGCGCCUGGGCCGCCGCUGGCUGCGCCGUCUGCACCGCGCGCACACGCCCAUCGUGUUGGCCGCGCUGCUACUGCCGCUCUGCUUCGCCAACUACGGCGUGGAGGCGCUGGGCGAGCAGGUGCUGCGGCGCCGCCGCCUGCUGCUGCUGCUCGGCGCGGGCGCGCCCCUGCUCUACGCCCUCUACCACCUGGGCAGCUACCUGGGCGUGCAGGUGCUGCUGGCCUACGCCUGCGUCUUCAUCCGCCAGGGGCUGGACUACUUCAACACGCUGUGGAUCUGGACGUUGGUAGUUGGCUAUGUGUUGGCUGUUUUAUUCAAGUGGAAUCCAAGUACUGAACGCUACUUGAGAGCAGUUUCAAUUCCUGUCUGGAUUAUAUUACUUUUCCAUUUAGCGUCUCUGGCUGGCUCCUGGAAGAUUCCAGUGUUCCUGGUUAUAGUUUUUCUGAUGUCUGUGGGUACUCUUUAUGAAAAGCAAAAUGAAAAAGUCUCCUCCGGGACAGAAUUACCUGGUCAGGUGAUUUCUAUUGCUGCUUCUACACUGGCCACAUUUGCCAUAUCCAUCACAGGGUAUGAGCUAGGACAAGAAGAAGUUAAUUCAACACAACAACCCACAGAAACUGCAAAUGAUGGAGAAUCCAUUUGUACAUUUCCUUCUUCUUCCACUGCCUCCUCCCCAUCUCCCACUUUGGGCAGACAGAGGCCUGAGGUUGGAACAUUUCUUAGAAAGAAGAAAACCAGUGAUGUCUACUUUGUUACCCUUGUAUGGGCCAUCAUCAUAGUCCAGAUCUGGUUGAAUUUGUGGAUUGUCCAGUUGCUUCCAGUGCCUAUUGCAGUCUGGAUACUCAAAAAACUGAUUAUACACUUUGGAGUUGUGAACUUCUUAAAGAAACGUUGCUAUGGAUGGUGGCAAGUUCUGGAAAAAUUUUUGAAGGAACGGCAAGAAGCUCUCACACCAUGGCCCAUUAUAGGGCUUGGAAAGUUCAUGUUAAAAGUUGAUAGCAAGCUCUGGCAUUGGCUUAAUAAAAAGAUGAUCGUGUGGUUGGAGAAAAUGCUGGAUAAAAUAAUCAGCAUUUUCAUCAUAUUUUUGCUAGUAAUAGGAACCCUUCUUCUGGCCCUACUCCUUACAGCAAAGGUGCAUCAAGAGAGUGUACACAUGAUUCAAGUCACAAGCAGCUUAAUCAAUGAGACUGUCGCCAACCACCCGGAAUGGGCGAAUUGGCUUCCUGAAGCUCAGGUAGUUCAAAGAGCUCUCAAUUCUGCAGCUAAUAACGUCUAUCAGUAUGGACGAGAAUGGAUAACACAUAAGCUUCAUAAGAUUUUGGGAGAUAAAGUGAAUAAUACUGCUGUGAUUGAAAAGCAAGUACUAGAACUCUGGGACAGACUGUAUCACUCUUGGUUUGUAAAGAAUAUAACACAUUCGGGAAGGCACAAAGGUCACAAGAUGUCUGUAACUCGUCAGAAUAGCUGGCUUGGAGAUAUUCUGGAUUGGCAGGAUAUUGCUUCCUUUGUUCACGAGAACAUCGAGACAUUUCUUUCUAUCCUAGAAUCUCUAUGGAUAGUGAUGAGUCGCAAUGUGAGCCUGCUUUUUACCACAGUUACAACAUUACUGACUAUUCUUUUCUAUAGUGGGACAGCCCUCCUCAAUUUUGUGCUAUCUUUGGUGAUUUUCUUGACCACACUGUUUUACUUAUUAAGUUCCAGUGAUGAAUAUUAUAAACCAGUGAAGUGGGUAAUUAGUCUGACACCACUGUCACAGCCAGGCCCUUCAUCUAACAUAGUUGGUCAAUCUGUGGAAGAAGCCAUAAGAGGUGUAUUUGAUGCUUCCCUGAAAAUGGCUGGGUUCUAUGGAUUGUAUACGUGGUUGACUCACACUAUAUUUGGAAUCAAUAUUGUCUUCAUCCCAUCAGCAUUAGCAGCAAUCCUUGGAGCAGUACCAUUUCUGGGAACGUAUUGGGCAGCAAUACCUGCAGUCCUAGACCUGUGGCUUACUCAGGGAGAAGGAUGUAAAGCCAUCUUGCUUCUAGUUUUUCAUCUCUUACCAACCUAUUUUGUAGAUACUGCAAUCUACUCUGAUAUAUCAGGAGGAGGCCAUCCUUACUUGACUGGUUUAGCAGUAGCUGGUGGAGCAUACUACCUAGGCCUAGAGGGAGCAAUCAUUGGCCCUAUACUUCUCUGCAUACUCGUAGUUGCCUCUAAUAUCUACAGUGCCAUGUUACUAAGUCCUACAAACCCCACGCCCACUCCAGGUCAAAUACUGUGUCCUCAACAGGCACAACGAAGAAUUUCUGAAGAUCCAAAAUCAUCAGAGUGAUGUCUGCACCACCUUCUUUAAGAAAUUCUCCUGUUGAAUUCAGAACAGCCAUGGGCUUCUGUUCUUCCAGCUGUAAUGAUCAAGGAAGGCCCAGUGAAGAAGCAUUUUGGGAAGAAAAUGUGUCUACUGGCCUACAUAUGGAGCACUUCAAUUUGCAAAAAAGAACAGAUGCUGCUGGUGGAUUUGUUUAUUAACAUGCAACUUUACAGCACAGAAACUUGUUGACUUAUUUUUUAGAAAAUGACCUUGAAAAGUUUUAAGUUAUGCACUGGAGUCAUAGCUGUUGCCUGCUCGAACAACCAAUGUGGAUGUUUUCCUUUGUGGUAAUCGGUUUUGUUCAAAUACCUUUGAAAAGAGCAAAAUCAUAGGUGUUUUUUCCUGAAGUGUCAAGGGAAAUGAAGGAUAUGUGUGCUUACAGUAAUUUUAAGAGCUCUAAAGUACCUGUUAUUAAAAGUGCAUAUAACAUAAUUAAUUUAUUCUGCUGUAAGAAAUUUGUUUUAAAAUAUUUCUAUAAUAACCACUUUUCCAUGAAGAGUGCUUUCAAGAAACUUAAGAGCUUCACAGCAUUCAACUGUGUGAGGAAGAAGGAUGAUAAUCUUUCCAUCUUCUUUCUCUUCCUCUUUACCAUUGUUAAAAAAAAGAACAAACUGGUAUGAAAACAGCUGACUUGGAAUUUAGAUUUUUGCUCCUAGGUGACCCAGAAAGACUUCCCCAAGGAUGAAAAUGUAGCCACAUCCCUAAUAUUGAAAUGAAGCACUUUUUUGGGCUGCUUUUGCUAGCCCUGCGAUUAUUUUUAAAAACAGGAUGUACAAUUAUGCAUUUUUCCCUAUGUUUUAAAUGGGGAUCUCAAGUAUAGUAAUGGUUUGAUUUCUAAAUCCAGAUUUUCUUCAUAUUUGAAAUUCUGUUCACAUUAUUUAUUUAUUUUUAGUAAUAAUGCCUUAAGUUUAUAAGAUACAUUUAACUUUUUAAAGCAUUGUUAUUACUGUUACUAUUUUUCAUCCACACAGAUUGAGAUAAGGUAUAGCAGGUAUUAUUGUCCUUAUUUUACAGAUAAGAAUAUUAAACUCAGGCUUCGUUUUAUGGCUGGAAGGGACCUCAAUCAUCAAAUGUUAACCCCUUGUUUUUAAAAAUGAGGAAACUGAGGUCCAGAAUAGUUUAAUGACAUGCCCAGCCUCUCAUAUGUGGUAAAGCAAUGGUGUUGGCAUUGGAAUCCAGGUCCUCUGACAAAAAAAUCUGAAACACUUUCUGCUGCGACACACAGUGAAUGCUUCAGAAUAUGUAAUUUAAUCAAUAUGGAUACUUCCUGCAAAUUUAUAACACUUCCACAUCUUAGUCUUUAUUAAAAGAGUCUCACAAGUUAUA